AUGUCGAGAGAAUCCAAAAAAACUUGUUCUGCUGAAGAGGAGGACAACAAGAGCUUCAUCGAGUGUGCAGAAUUUGUGCUUCCAUGGCUAUCUCCUAGAGAGUUAGCUUCAAUUUCAUUAACUUGUAAAACCCUUAAUUCAUUAUCAAAAUCAAUUACCAUUAGAAGAGUUUCAGAUGCUUCUAGAAAUCUUGAAAAAAACCCGAUUCCUUUUAUCAACACUAUAGAUUCCGAACCUUACUCUUAUUUCAUUUACACUUUCUCUCAAAUCUUUUCUUCUCCUUGUUUAUCUCAAUCAUGGGGAACGAACCCUAAAAGAAACGUUUCGAGUUCGGUUUCGUUGAUGAAAUUUGGAUCGAAUGUGACGAGUUUAAUGUCGGAUAGUACUUCUGGUUGUGUUUGUAAGAAUUGUUCAGAAGAUACCAAUGGAGAUAUCCGGUGCCCAUGUUCGAAAUUGAAACCCUUGUCAUUGUCUAAUAUGGGUUCAGAUUCUUCAGAAUUAGGGCUGAUGACUGAGUGCGGACCGAGUUGUGAUUGUGGAGUGGAGUGUAAGAAUCGGUUGACUCAAAGAGGAGUUUCCGUUCAAGUGAGAAUUGGCAAAGAUGCGAGGAAAGGUUGGAGUUUGUACUCAGCUCAGUUUGUUCCUCGCGGGGAGUUUGUAUGUGAGUAUGCAGGUGAACUGUUGACUACCCAAGAAGCUAGAAAGCGGCAAAAGAAAUAUGAUGACAUUGCAUCAACUAGUCAGUUUGGUUCUGCACUUCUUGUUGUGAGAGAGCACCUCCCAUCUGGAAAUGCAUGCUUACGAGUAAACAUAGACGCAACUAGAGUUGGCAAUGCUGCACGGUUCAUCAACCAUUCCUGUGACGGUGGCAACUUGUCAACGGUUUUGGUUCGGGGUUCUGGAGCUUUGUUCCCCCGGCUUUGCUUCUUCGCUUCCAGAGACAUACUAGAUGGUGAAGAGCUUGCUUUUAGCUAUGGGGAACCGAUGCUCAAGCAAAAUGGACUCAAGUGUUUCUGUGGAAGCUCUUGUUGCUUAGGAGCUCUGCCUUCGGAGGAAACUUAAUGAUGGGUUAUGGUCAACUGUCCCAUAGUAUCCUAACCGUCAAUUAGUUGGCAUUUGAUUGGCCAACAAUGUUAUAGUAGUUUUGGGUCUCCGAUUCUAGUAUAAGUGAUUUUAGUAUAGAUGGUCAGAGAAAUUUUAAGAGAAAAAAAAAGGGGGUUAUACUUCUGUAGUGUAAACUGGUUUUAUGGAUCAGCUAAGUGGUCAUUUUGGACCUUAGUACA